UACCACCUCUCCGUAGAGGGGAAUUCAAUGGCCGGCCGUCCUCGGUCUUUUCCUGUUUAGACAGCCAGGUUUUUGUGUGUAACUUUCAGGGCUUGGGAUCUGGAGACAUGCUGUCCCGAAUAACGCGUCCUACCCGCGGGCUUCCCCGGAUACUGCUCGGCCUGGGGCUCGCUGUAGCCGCGGCUCGAGUUGCUGAAGGGCCUGAAGAGGAUGACGGACAGAAAAAGAGGAAAAACCGCGAGGCCUACGUGACAGCCAUAGACAGGAGCAGGGAGCUGCUCAGGAGAGUGAAGGAUGAAGUGGGAUCUCCAGGAAUAGUAGUAGGUGUUUCUGUGGAUGGAGAAGCCGUUUGGAAGGAAGGGCUGGGAUUUGCUGAUGUGGAGAACCGGAUUCCAUGUUCACCAGACAGUGUUAUGCGUGUAGCCAGUAUCAGCAAAUCCUUUACCAUGGCAGCAGUGGCCAAACUAUGGGAAGAGGGUCGGCUAGAUCUGGAUGCACCAGUGCAGGAGUAUGUACCAGAGUUUCCAGAAAAGGAGUUUGAAGGUGAAAAGGUGAAGAUAACCUCCAGAUUGUUGGUGUCACAUCUAAGUGGAAUCAGGCAUUAUGAAAAAGAUAUCCAGAAAAUCAGGAAAAAAAUAGGAAAGAAAUCCCAAGAAAUAACUGUGAGUGCUUCAGAGAAAACCCCUCUAAAGGAUACUGAAUCAACUAAAACAGAAGAACAACACAAAACCAAACAGCUGGAAACUGUAAAGUCACAGAAAAAAGUGUCUUUGGAACCUGAAGAAUUUUAUAUUAAAGAAAGAUUUAACAGCGUAAUUGAUGCUUUAGAACUUUUUAAAAAUGACCCUUUGGUUUUUAAACCUGGGUCACAGUUCCUAUAUUCCACCCAUGCCUGGACGUUAUUAAGUGCUGUUGUGGAGCGUGCCUCAGGACGCAGGUUUCUGGAUUACAUGCAGCAGAUGUUUAGAGACCUGGGCAUGACAAACACUCUUCCAGAGGAACAUGAACCGAUUAUAUACAACAGAGCCAGAUUUUACAGCAUCAACGACAAGAAGCGCCUAAUAAACUGUCCAUAUGUCGACAACUCAUGUAAAUGGGCAGGGGGAGGAUUCGUGUCUACCGUGACAGACCUUCUGAGCUUUGGAAAUGUCCUCCUGUAUAGCUACCAAGCCAAGGAAAUGUCCAAUAGGUUGCCUGGAUAUCUAAAACCAGACACAGUUUCUAUGAUGUGGAGGCAAGUGUCUAAUACUGAAAUGUCUUGGGACAGAGAUGGAAAGUAUGCCAUGGGAUGGGGAACUGUGGAAGGAAAGCAGGACUAUGGGCAAUGCAAGUGCCAGAAGCAUUAUAUAUCCCACACAGGAGGAGCAGUAGGAGCUAGCAGCGUCUUGCUUAUCAUGCCUGAGGAAGACAACCAGUCAGUGAUCCCUCCAAGAGGAAUUGUGGUGACUAUAAUAGCCAAUAUGCAGGGUACAGGGCUCAACAGCACAGCCUUAAAAAUUGCACUGGAAUUUGAGAACGCCAAGUCAGUCCAGUCAUAAGCUGUGGCUUCCUGUGCGGUUAUUUUUUAAAAUAGUGAGUGAUUUUAUAAUGCUACACACAAACUAAUAAAAAUGCUACUUUUCAAGAAUACUUUUAUAUCAAACCACAUUUUCAAGUUUCGGAAAGUUUUUAUUUUUCUUAAAGGCU